AUGUAUGUGGAUGGCGGCUUUUUGUUGGUGGUUCCAAGGGAGGGAUUGUGGGCACUGGUCAGGUAUUUCCAAUGCCCCACGUUGGGAUCACUCGCUGGACUGGCGAUCUGCAGUGUACUGGGGACUGCUGAGGCGUGGACUCCACGCAAUGGAGCCUUGUUGGCCUUCUGGCUGGGCUGGCUGCCAUCGCUUGAGGUGCAAAGGUUUGGGUUUGUGCUGCGUGCUGGAUGCCCAGCCUUAUCCCAUCACCUUGUCAGAACACCAGCAUUGUGGUCGAUGUCGUCGAUCCUUGCUUCUCGUGGCUUUGAAGAUCCAAUGCUCUACUCUGUUUAUCUUGUGCUCUGUGGGAGCUUCUGUCCGGCAGUAGAUGAGUGCUUUUGUGUCGCAUUUGUUCAAGGAUACGAUUUGUUAGCGCGUAUUGUACUUGUCAUGUGCUAG